UCCGCCAUUCCGGCACUGCCUGCCCAGCCGCGGAGCUUCCGCCACUGCUCCCAGUCCUGCCGCUCCGACGGUGCGUCGCUGCUCGCCCAGGGCAGAGCCGCUCGUUGUGGCCUCAUGGCUCGUGGUACAUCUGAAGAUGAAGAGGAAUGAUGACAUUAAGUCAUUUUUCCUCAAUUAUGAGGCAAAAACAAGAAAGGUUGCAGCCCAAGAGCAACAUAAACCUGAUAUUGAUCCACCUCCACUGCCUCCACUCCAUUUAGAUUCAGAGAUUGACAUUGAUAUUUAUUCACCUCCAGUCCAUUCCGAUCUAGAGAUUGACAUUGAUAUUGAUGAUGAAGCGCCACGACAACCAUCACCUCAACAUCCAAAUGCAAGAUCAUAUAAUAUUCAAAGGCUUCCAACUAAUCCAGGGGAAAGGAUUCCUAUUUCAGAGUAUGAUGUCGGUGAUCAAGAUAAAGUUCGGAAACGGUACAUUGCAAAGAAUGCAAUCCAACCAUAUGCACACAACUUUGAAGUCAAGAAAAUGCGACAUGACAUGCUUCGAGAUGUUAGAGCUCAAAAGGUUUUGGAAGCUCUUGAAAUGGGUGAGAUUGAAAGUGGAAGUGGGCUAAAUCAAGAGAUGGGACUAUCUAGACCCGGCGAUACUCGUUGGGUUUCUCAUUUUAAAACCAUUAUGCAUAUUGUUAGCAUAUGUAUUCCACAAUUCUUGAGGUACUUGACGCCAUUGGAAAAGAUCCUUCACAAAAAGGUGAAUGGACAAGAAUACAUGGAGUUACUCAAGCCAUUGAAUCAUUUGAAUUUGUUUUCAAUCUUCACUUGAUGCUUGUUAUUCUUGGCUAUACAAAUGAGUUGUCCAAAUCUUUGCAAAAGAGAGAUUAAUAUAUUGUUAAUGCAAUGGCACUUGUUAGUUUGGCAAAGAGUAGAAUGCAACACAUGAGGUGUCAUGGUUGGGAAGAAUUUCUUGCAAAGCUAACCUUAUUUUGCAACAAACAUGGCAUUCAAGUUCCUUUAUGGCAGGAUACUUAUGAGCAUCAUGGAAGAUCACGUCGGUAUUAUGAAGUACAAACAAAUGAUGAUCGUUAUAGAAGAGAAAUAUAUCUUGGUGUCAUUGACCAAAUCAUUCAAGAGCUUAACAACCGGUUUGACGAGGUUAAUACGGAGUUGCUUAUUUGCAUGUCGGCUUUGAAUCCCCUCAAUUCAUUUGCUUCUUAUGAUGCAUUCAAGGAAAUAAAACUUGUUGAAUUCUAUCCCAUGGACAUAUCAAGCACGGAUUUGAUAAGGCUAGAAUUUCAACUUGGUACUUUUAUUUAUGAUAUGAGACAAGAUGAUAGGUUUAGAAAUGCAAGUAAUAUUGGUGAUCUCUCUAUUUUGCUUGUUGCAACAAAGAAGCAUGUUCUUUAUGAUUUGGUCCACUUACUCAUCAAAUUGAUAUUGAUUUUACCAGUGGCAACGACGAGUGUUGAAAGGGUAUUUUCUGCAAUGAAUCUAGUGAAAAAUAAAUUGAGGACUAGCUUGGGUGAUGAUCGCUUGAAUAAUUGCUUGAUGAUAUUCAUUGAGCGAGAUGUGUUCAUGAAAGUAAGUGAAGAUGAAAUAGUUGAUGCUUUCAUGGCAAUGUAACGACGUAGAGUUACCUAGUGUUGUAAUUUUUUACUUCUGUUUCUUUCAUGUAAGCCUUUUGUAUUGUAACUGAGCACAUUUGGGAUAUAUUUUGUGAACUAAAUGGUUGUGAGAUUUGAAUUGAGCUAUUUAUGUAAUUCUUUUGCCAUAUUUUGUUACACUUGGAUUAGGUAGGAUUUUUUUUUAAAGUGUGCACACCCUUCAUUUCGUUCCUCGUUCCGCCACUGCUUUCGGACGCCGCACGAGUCGAGAAGCUCAGGGCUAUGGCGACAGACCGACGGUAGACCAUGGGUUCAUUUUACAAGUAAGAUAGCCUAAAUUAUAUUCAUUUAUUUAUACUACAUUUUUUUACUUAUUUUUAACUUAUUAUCUCAACAUACUGUCUGGACCGAUUUAGUUUCCCAACAAUGCUACUAUAUAUUGUGAUAAAAUACUCAUGUUAUACAAUUUUAACAUCUACAAUACAAUUAUACAUACACUAUAUUUAUAGAAUAUAGUAUGCAUAAAAGGUGGCAUUUAUAGUUUCCUUCUUUAGAUAGUUCCCCUUAAAAGCCCCCGUUAGAUCAGAAUUCCUCUGUAGCAAAGAAAAGCCAAAAAGAUCAA